GGAGUAUACAGAUGGGGUGUGCAGUAUAGGUUCGUGCCUUCUAGAGUUCACCGCUGCAGAACAACUGCAAGGUACCAACGCUUACGAAUGUGAAAAGUGCUGUGUUCCACGAAACAAAAAGUUGAAAGCAAUCGGCAGUCAGAAGAAACGCGUUUGUGCUUUGAAACGUUACCUCAUAUAUGAGCCACCGGCUGUGCUCACACUUCAUUUGAAGAGGUUUCAACAGCUAGAAGGAAUGUCUGGGAGGACGUCAACAAGGAAGCUCAGUGGUCAUGUAUCUUUCCCGAUGAUGUUUGACAUGGCCCCGUUCUGCUGUAGAAAUGUGGAGCGCUUGGCUCCUGGAGAAAAACGAUUGCUUUACUCGUUAUACGGAGUAGUUGUUCAUUCUGGUAGCCUGUCUGGUGGUCAUUACAUUGCUUACGUUAAAAGUCGUCGUAGGUCAAAGCAGGCUCAUGUGUUUCUGGAAUUCGCACGAACUACGUGUGCUGAUUCAUUGUCCUAUCAGAAUGGAACCACUGUCGAGGAUCUUUGUGGUAAUUCUGAUGUAGAAAAUGAUGGACAGUGGUACUAUUGUAGUGAUAGUCAAGUAUUAGCUGUU